UCUGCGGACCGGGCGGGGGAGCCGGAUCCCCGCGAGCUUCCCCGACGGCGGUGGUUCCAGCCGGGCUUGGCUUCCGCGUCCGCCUCAGCUCGGAGCUCGCGGAGUGAGAGGAUGGUCAUCCGCGUGUUCGUCGCCUCGUCUUCGGGCUUCGUGGCGAUAAAGAAGAAUCAGCAGGAUGUGGUUAGAUUUCUGGAAGCCAACAAGAUAGAGUUCGAGGAGGUGGAUAUCACGAUGUCAGAAGAACAGAGGCAGUGGAUGUACAAAAAUGUGCCCCCCGAAAGGAAGCCUGCUCAGGGCAACCCUCUGCCACCGCAGAUCUUUAAUGGCGACCGCUACUGUGGAGAUUAUGACAGCUUUUUUGAAUCAAAGGAAAGCAACACGGUCUUUUCAUUCCUAGGUCUGAAACCACGGUUGGCAUCAAAGGCAGAACCUUAGCAAAGAUAAACAGAAAGUGAUGGAGAUGCAUUUGGAGCGCCCCCUGGUACUCAGCACACACCUGCUCACUAAUGCAUCACUACGACAAAGCCACAUCUUCACCAGUAACCUUGCUUGCCACGGGAAAGGUGUUUUUUGAGGAUGUGGGAAAAUGGGGAUUGCAUGAUUGCUUUAAACCAAAUCAGGACUAUGGUGGAUUGUGUUUUUCCUAGUUUCAGAUUUGCCUAGAGUCUCACUGAGCUGAGUGGACUGUCACCUGUUACAGGGAUGCAUCUGUCAUGACUGUCACCAGCGGAGAUGCACUGUUGGAUCUGCCUUAGGUUGUAGGAGAUACCAGUGCUGCAUAAACCUGCUUCCUCUUUCAGCUGCCUACACUGUACCUCAAAAUCAGUCUGCCAGGCUGCUAGAAUGUUGGAAUCAGAAGGAAGGAAAAAGAGCAAUGCUAAUUGACAUAGGGUGUUAACGAUUUUUGCUGUAGAAUCACAAAUGUCACUACUCUAGUGCUUUGAAUAACACGUGCUGAAAAGUUAGGUGUUUUAGAUUGCUUUUAUAAUAGAAGCCCUUGCCCACCCCCCCCCUCCAAAUCCUCUGAAGCUUCUAUAGAUGUUUCUAGAAAUCACUGUUGCAAUAUUGUGUGAUUGCAACCAAGUUACAGGGCUGAGAAUAAUGGCUAUUUGGGAAAAUGUGCUUUUCCUCUUGUGUGGGGGGAAAAUUCACCUAAAUGUAUAAGACUGCUUGAAAGACAUAUUCUAAGAGGUGCACUAAUUACAUAGUAAAUUUAUAGGUAUAAUUGUCUGACUAGUAUCUGAAGGCCUUCUCAGCUCUAGCAAUUUAUUUGUAUGUAAAUUCACAUAGAUUUUUAAAUGCAGCUUCCUUAACAGCUGUUUAUUCUAUUUUGUGAAGGAAUUAUAUUUUUUUGAGAGAAGAAAAUCUCAGUCAGGUAUAUUUUGUGAAUCCUUAAUGAAGCAUAUUAAGAACUAUCUGUACUUCUGAGUCUGUGGCACAGUUGGUAGAGUGCUAGCCUAGCAUACCUGAGUCCCUGGGUUCAAGCUACAGUAUCACAUACAUACUGCUGUAUAAUUUAUUUUUUUCAGUGUUAAUGUUUCAGUGUUUCCUAACAUUCUUUUUUCUUCUAUGUGGCCAGUGCACAAUCUCAGUCUUUGUUCAGAGUACGAUAGCACACAUUUUCAUUCCAUGUAUGAGCACAAGUGAAAUUUCAGAGCAGUGUGGACAAGAAAGGGCUGUUUAGAGUACUCUGAAUUGUACUUGGUGCGAAAAAUUUCUGCUCAUCUUGGAGUGGUUCUGACAAACACUGACCCUGUCUACUUCUUUAGGGCAGAGACUGAUUUUUUUUUGUAUCCUUAUAAACAUGUUUACUUGCAAACAUAGGAACCACCUUGAUUAGGUCAAACUGAGAACUGAAUGAACUACUUAUUUCCAGCGUCCUCAUUGCUAUACCUCUCACCAUGAUUCUGCAAAAGAAAUGUAUAACUUCUUGAAUUCUAAAGCUAAAAUCCUAGGCCCAGGGUUGACAGCCCAGGACAGAGGAAGAGUGUGACGUAUUUCUUCUUGGCUGGAACAGACUCAUGAUCCACAGUUUUCUUUCUCUCAGGGGAAAGCUUGUCAGGUCAUGGCUGGCUCUGAGGGAUCCGGAUCCAUUGAUAUCAAGUGAGAUCCAAGUCAAAUUCCAUUUGAUAAACCCCCAGGAACCAUCUAGGAAUGUUUUGGGGUAUUUGUAUGUGAGUCUUCUGGUAAGACCUGAAAUUGGUUUUCUAAGAUACAGCAAUUUGAAGACUAACCAUGUUAUAAUUACUCAGUGUACAGUGAGUGUCAUUCAGCAUGGUGAGGUGGAGGCCUUUGCAAGUUCUGAUUCGUGAGGUCAGUAUUGGGCUUGCAAAGAAAGAGAGAACUACCUGUAUUUGUUGUAACCAUAAUAUACCUAGCAUAAUGGCAUUACACCUACCAGAUGGAUAGCAGUGCUAAAUUACCACCACAGCUGGAUGACAUUUUCUUGCCAUGGUUUUUAGGAGAUGGGGGUGUCAGCAAACAAACACAAAAGACAAACCUCAGGUGGCAUUGUCCUUGUCACAGUAGGCUAGAAGCACAGGGUGUGGCCUUUACCAUGACACCCGGCUCUACCAAGAACACAAGCACAGUCCUCCGACCAUGCUGUGUUCAGUCGUUCUGGGUCCUUCCUUGUACUGUUAGCAGCUGCGUUCCAAGCAGGAGGCAAUGGUCUGAUUCUGUUCAAUCAGCUGUCUUGAGGGGUUCAUCAUCACACUUGUUAGAAUCUAGGAAGAAGGUGGAUUCGCAGGCACAGAUGAUGUAAUAUCAAGGAUAUUUCAAGGCAGAACUUUAAUUUCCUGUAAUAGGCUUGUUGGGACAAAAAAAAAGUUUGUUGUCAUUUUGAAAUUAGGUAAAAUGUGAAGUGCCACACUGCCAGGUGGAUGCUGACCAGAAAAAAUUCAUUUCAAGAAAUACUUGUUUUUUCCAAACACCAGGGUUUUGGUUAAAAUCAAAAUGGAGAAAAGGAAGAUGAUACUUGUCCUCAGACUCUAGUAUAUUUUGGAUUUACUUCUGAUUUGAUUGAUUUGAUUCAACAUUCACAUAUUGAUGUUUUUACAUUACAUUAACUUGAUAAUGAACUAAAUAGUUCUGGGUUUUGUUACUGAAAGGUACCAAAGGCUCAUUCUGGAUUUUUUGUUUUAUUUUUAAAUUUUGUUUUGCUUUCAUUGCCUUUAUUGUAGGAUUUCGCCUUUUGUAAAAAUUGGGCAUUUACUUUGUAGUUUUUCUUAAGUGUCAGGGUCCACUUCAAUCUGUGUCAUUGUUGUUUUUAGAGUUUAGUUCUCUAUAUUUGUCUCUACAAGCAUUGUCUCAGAUUUCGUAAUCAGAAUUUAAAGAGAAUAAAUGGCAGAAAACAUGCAUUCAGAAAAUGGAGUUUUUAUCUCCUCCCGUGUCUCACACGUUUUCUAGUUUUAGUUCUGCAUUUGCGCAAGUCUUUCCUGUGGAGUUGGAAGCUGUCUUUCCGUGCAAGAAGUGCAGACACACAGCUCAGGUUCCUUCGGCGAGAUGCAUCCAUCUGAGGUGCCCUGGGCUUGGUCCGUAGUUCCACCUCUGUGCUUUGCCCAGAACACAGAGUCCUCUUACACAGCAACCAGGCCCGAGAUGGCCACCUGCUCAGCCACUGGCUCGGCUCUGGUGUACUUCACGGGCUCCUGAGCACACUUCAGCCGUGGAUCUGCUUCCCUACCCCUCACAGAGAACAGACAAGGUGGCCACCACUACAUACACCAAGGAUCCUAUUGAGACAGUCACUUCUGAACACAGAAGAAAACACUUCCAAAGGCAGUGUGUGAGGCCAGUCUCCUUGCUGAACUCCUCCAGAUGUUAACCACCAGGAGGGAGGCAUGGUGGGGGGAGGGAUGAAGGGAGCAAGCUGUAAGUUUGCAGGAAUGUGCUCAGUCAUGAAACCAGAUUAGCAGAUGAGCCCUGCCUGCCUGCGACCCAGAUAGCCAGAGCUUUCCUAGUUCUGUCAGCCUUUGUCAACAUGCAUUGUCCUUUAGCGUGCAGCCUGGCCUGUCUGAACAGCACAGUCUCCACCCGCAGGGAUGAGGGGCAGCAGUGGUAGCCAGUGGUAAGUGACAGAGCUGAGGUAAGCUCUCAGCACUCUAGACAACAGGCCCUUCUCUGAAUUAGUACAUGUAAUGUAGUCUUUUCUUCGUUAAAAUCAUCCCAAGUUUCAAAUGUUUAUACAUGCAAGGAAAUACAUAUAUAUGCAUUUGCACACAUCUAAUAUAAAUAUAUAUAUACUAAAGUAUGAAGAGUAAUAAUGACAACAAUAAUAAUAGACCCCUGUGUGCCUGACUCCCACCUGAUUGCCUUUCCUGAUUGCUCCUUCCUGAACCUGCUUCCCUGCCCCACAUUCCUAGCAAUCACAGACUUCCUCCUCUUUCUCUUUUUUGCCUCCAUGUAUGUGUCCUUCAAGAAUAAUAAAUGGAAUUAAAUCAGA